AUGCGCAUCACUUCGCUCCCGCUACUCUCCCUGGCCACGAGUCUGGUGGGAUUAACUGCCGCAUUGCCCCAUGCCGACCCUGAAACCGUCCUGCGCCGCCAGUCGAAAAAUCAAGAAAAGGCCGACGCGGUCAAGGAGGCGUUCCAACAUGCAUGGAAAGGAUAUACCAAAUAUGCAUUUCCGCACGACGAGCUGCGCCCGGUGAGCAACGGAUAUGGAGACUCGCGAAAUGGAUGGGGAGCUUCUGCGGUGGAUGCACUGUCGACGGCGAUUAUUAUGGGUGAUACAGACGCGGUCAACACCAUCCUUGACUUUAUCCCUAAAAUCGACUUCACCAAGACCUCCGAGGAGGUCAGCUUGUUCGAGACCACCAUCCGUUAUUUGGCUGGCAUGCUGUCGGGCUACGACUUACUGACGGGCCCUGCAUCGAAUCUGGUCCGCAAGUCCGACCAGGUGGAUGAGCUGCUGUCUCAGUCCAAGAAGUUGGCCAAUGUACUCAAGUUCGCCUUCGAUACCCCCUCUGGGGUGCCGCACAACAAUCUCAACAUCACCGGUCGGCGUACCGACGGCUCCAGCACCAAUGGACUUGCGGUGACGGGAACACUAGUCCUCGAGUGGACGCGACUGUCUGACUUGACUGGCGAUGACGAGUAUGCUAAACUCAGCCAGAAGGCGCAGUCGUACCUGCUUGACCCGAAGCCGUCCAGCGGAGAGCCGUUCCCCGGGCUCGUGGGAAGCAGCAUCAACAUCAAGACGGGCGAGUUUGCAGAUGGCAUGGUCUCGUGGGACGGCGGUGACGACUCGUUCUACGAGUACCUGAUCAAGAUGUACGUGUACGACCCCAAGCGGUUCGAGAAGUACAAGGAUCGCUGGGUGCUUGCGGCCCAAUCGACCAUUAAACACCUGCAAGCGCACCCCAAGCCCCGUCCGGACUUGACCUUCCUGUCCUCGUACAACAACGGCAAGAAAUACCUCAGCUCGCAGCACCUCACCUGUUUUGAUGGCGGUAGCUUCCUGCUUGGUGGCAGUGUGCUGGACCGCCAGGAGUUUAUCGACUUUGGUUUGGAGCUUGUGCACGGCUGCGAGGCCACCUACAACCAGACCCUGACCAAGAUCGGUCCGGAUUCAUGGGGGUGGGAUCCGGAGAAGGUUCCGAAUGACCAGAAGGAUUUCUACGAGCGCGCCGGCUUUUAUAUCUCCAGUGGCAACUAUGUGCUCCGGCCCGAGGUCAUUGAAAGCUUCUACUACGCGCACCGGAUCACGGGCAAGGAAAUUGUCAGUUACCGCGAUUGGGUCUGGAAUGCCUUCGUAGCCAUCAAUGCCACCUGCCGCACCGACUCGGGCUUUGCAGCCAUCACCAAUGUGAACACGGCCCACGGCGGUUCCAAGGACGACAGUCAGGAGAGUUUCCUGUAUGCCGAGGUGCUGAAAUACGCGUACCUCGCACACGCGGAAGAUGCUCCGUGGCAGGUCCAGGAAGGUGAUAAGAACGCCUUUGUCUAUAACACCGAGGCCCAUCCUAUGCGCGUGGUGCGCAGUUAG